UUCCCUCCGGCCUCCACUGACACGCUAAGCGCUACUUACCAGUCGGGAGCAGUAGGCGCAGUUUCGCAUCGAGCUAAUCAAGCGUCGUUCGUUUAUUUAUUUCUUAAUUUCGCGUGUAUUAUAUUUGCGAUAGGUGUUCACAAUGAGUUCAAUCAACGUCAAAAAGCUGAAAGUAAACGAACUGAAGGACGAGCUGAAAAAGCGUCAACUCUCCGACAAGGGACUGAAGGCUGAGUUGAUGGACCGCCUGCAGGCCGCCUUGGACGAGGAGGCCGCGGCCUAUGAAGAAGAGGCUGCAGAGGAUGAGGAGUUAGAACAGGCCGCCGAACCAGAAUGCAUGGGGGAAGACGAAGAGGGCGAGGGAGAGGGUCCGGUAGUAGAAAGCAUGGAGGCUAACGAGCAGGAAGCCGAGGUAGAACAGAACGGGGCAAACGACGACGAUGGUGGUGUCGCUGCGGUGGAGGCUUCUGCUGCCGCGGAGCCUUCUACCGUCGCCGCUGCUUCUUCCGCCGAGGACGAAGAGAUGGGAGACGGGGAAGAGGACGACGAGAUGGAUCCCAUGCUCAAAGCAGACGUGGACGACAUGGAGAAAAUAGAUGAAGACGACGGUGAGCCUGAGGAACAGGCAGCUGAGGGGGAUGCGGACAAAGACACGAAUGCUGAUCAGAAGAAUAAGAAGGGUGUUAAGAGACGCCGGGAGGAACAUGGAAGGGGCUACUUUGAAUUUAUUGAAGAGAACAAAUACAGCUGGGCCUCAUUUAAAUCGCCCGUGCCCCCUUUGGAGGAAGAGGAUGAAGAGUUUGAUGAGACCAAAGUCUGCCUGGACAACUACAACUGCGACCUGCAUUUUAAAGUGUCACGAGACCGCUUCAGUGCCUCGUCGCUCACAAUGGAAAGUUUUGCUUACCUCUGGUCUGGAGGCAAGGCCACUCAUGGUGUAAACAAAGGCAAAGUCUGCUUUGAAGUGAAGAUCACAGAAAAGAUUCCAGUGAAACACAUUUCCAGUAAGAACAUGGAGAUCCACGACGUGCAAGUCGGCUGGUCGUCGACUGCUUCAUCACUGCUACUCGGUGACGGCAGUCUUUCAUUUGCGUACUCUGGGAAGGGGAAGAAAAUUGUGAACGGUGUGAUGGAGGACUUUGGGGAAACCUUUGAUGAGAAUGAUGUCAUCUGCUGUCUGGCUGAUUUUGAGGGAGACGAGGCGGUACUGUCCUACUCUAAGAAUGGCGGGGAGCCAGCCGAAGCCUUCCGUGUGAGCAAAGACGAGCUGAACGACCAGCCUCUUUUCCCUCAUGUCAUGUGCCACAAUUGCGCCGUGGAGUUCAACUUCGGCCAGAUGGAGACCCCCUACUUCCCCGCUCCCUCCGAGUACACCUUCAUGCAGGACGUUCCCGUCGACGACCGCGUCCGCGGGCCUUGCGGGCCGCAGACCAAGUCCGACUGUGAGAUCAUUGUGAUGGUGGGCCUGCCGGGUGCGGGCAAGACCACAUGGGUGAAGAACCAUGUCCAGGAGAACCCUGGGAAGUACUACAUCCUGGGAAGUGAUACCAUCGUGGAAAAGAUGAUGAUCAACACCCCGAAUCGGCAACCCAAAGAAUACAACAAACUGCUUGCCAUUUCCCAGCGUGCUCCUCUUUUCCUGGGAAAGUUCAUUGAGAUUGCCGCGCGCAAGAAAAGGAACUACAUCCUGGAUCAUACCAACUUGUCCGCCCCUGGCCAGAAGAGGAAGAUGUGUUUGUUUGCCGGCUUCCAGCGCAAAGCGGUGGUGGUAUUCCCCUCCGAUGAUGACUACAAGCAGAGAGUUCAGAAGAAGGUCAUGAUUGACGGCAAAGAAGUGCCUGAACAUGCUCUUCUCAAGAUGAAAGGCUUCUAUUCUCUGCCUGUGGAUGGCGAGAGCUUCAACGAGGUGCUCUUUGCUGAGCUGCCGAGGGACGACGCUGCCAAAGUUCUGGAAACGUACAAAGAAGAAAGCAAGAGCGCGCUGCCUGCUGAAAAGAAGCCCAACCAGGGAAGCUCCACACCCAAGCGAGGCGGUGGGUCCCGCGGGGGCGGUCGUGGAGGCAAGAACCAGUUUGGCCGCAACAGUGGGCCGGCACAAAGAGGCGGCGGCGGCGGCAAUCGCCAGGGCUUCCAGAAUCGAGGCAACUUCAGAGGAGGCCCAAACCCCCGCGGUGGGUUCGCCCGCCCCCCUCGUGGCUACAUGCCACCCCCGGCUUACAGAGGCGGCUACCCCAGCCGCGGCAGCUACAACCGCAGCGGCAAUCACAUGCCCAGCAUGGGCGGCUCCCCCAGAGGCGGACCGAUGAGGGGCAACAUGGGCCCCAGAGGAGGUGGACACAUGAAUAGAGGCGGUCCGAUGAACAGAGGGAACAUGAGCAGAGGAGGUGGCGGGGGCGGCGGCGGCAUGGGUCGCGGCGGAAAUAGAGGACAUCACAACCAGUUUCAGCAAAGAGGCGGCGGCCGCGGCAACUUUGGCAACAAGAACAGCAAUUUCAACAGGAAUAGCGGCGGUUUUGGCAACAGGAACGGCAUGGACAAGGCCCAGGCCUUCAACCAAAGCUGGCAACAAGGGUUCUGGAAUCAGAAGCCAUGGAACCAGCAGUAUCAGCACAACUAUUACUGAGACACUUGUUCUAAUGGACUGGUGGCCACACUGAAAACCACUCUAGCCACGGAUCAUCAUCCCCCUCCUCCGUCAACGACGCCAUUUUUCCAUAUAACCUGCUUUUUUGAGUAACGUGGUCAACAUUCCACUCCAGAGGGAGAUCAGCAGACAUGAGAUGGGUGAAAUUCUUGGAAGAACGAGAGAUGUGUAAAACAUGAUUUUUUUUUCUUUCUUAUCUUUUGCUGUAUAUUUCAUUUGCUUUGCACCACUUUUAAAAGAUGUGCUUUUAAAAAAAAAAAAUUGUAAUAUUAAGAAUCACAAUUGUUUUGUUCUUUUCCAGGAGUUUUUUUUCAUUAAUUUUUAUUAUUCUUAAUUGUAAAUACUUGUUUUGAGUAGUUUAAACAUUCAAUCUCAUCGUGGCUUUUGAAGAAUUAUGCGUGUCCACUGUGCAGUUUAUGCAAAGCCGCAUUUCAAUUUCAGUCUCUGUUUCCGCUUCCAAAACUGUAAAGCAACUUCGUAGACCUCCAAUAAACACAAAUUUGCUUGUU